UUCCUGCUUCCGGCCAUGCGGGCGGCGCUGGUGGACUACAGCAGCUCCGGCUCGGAGGGCGAGAGCGAAGCCGCCGCCGCCGCCCGGGAGAGGAGCAGCGGGGAGGCUCGGCCUGGCCCGGCGGGCGGGUGCGGCUUCUCCCCUCCGGGCAGCAGAGCUGCAAUGCCCUCCCUGCCCUUGCCGGACAGCGUGCGGGGGAUGUUCAGGGACCAGGAAGAGAAGGAAAGGGUGGAGGAUGACUGCAGUAAACAUGAAGGCCGCCUGCGGACAUUUCCUCAUGAACGAGGCAACUGGGCAACCCACGUGUACAUGCCAUGCAAAGCCGGGGAGGACUUUCUGGAUUUACUGCAGCUCCUCCUAAUCUGUGGGCGCACUUAUGUGCCUCAGCUGAAGGGACAGGAAGAAUUCCACAUCAGCCUCUCCCAAGGUGUGGUAUUGCGCCAUCACUGGAUCAACUCUUUUGUCCAAUCCCUCAAAGGACGCUUGGCUUCCUGCCACAGGUUCAUCUUCAGAGCUGACCAAGUGAAGGUUUAUACCAAUGAGACCAAAACCAGGACCUUCGUUGGCUUAGAAGUCUCUUCAGGACAUUCUCAAAUGUUGGAGUUGGUUUCAGAAGUGGAUGAAGUUAUGGAAGAAUUUAACCUAACGCCUUUUUAUAAGGAUCCCUCGUUCCACAUGAGCCUCGCCUGGUGUGUGGGGAAUAUGUCGGAAGCCCUUGGAGGCCAGUGUAUUCAGGAAAUGCAGGUAACCAGCCUGGAAGCCUUUAGCUUUUGGGGAACUCACUGCCAGGCAAGGAGGGGGGAGUCAAGUGGGGAAUUAGCCUUGAGUGAUUGCACAGCCUCAAGUGGACACUCCCCCCACCCCACCCCAGUUCCUUGGGACCUUAUCUGUUUGUUCCCAAGAGAAGGCAAGCCAUUUAGGGAGGUUCUUGUAUUAUAGGCAGAAUCACAAUGUCAGCAUGAACCCUACAUUUGCAGUCCUGGUUGUGUGCCUGACAAUAGCAGAGGGCUACAGGAGACAGUUGGGUCUCCAUACCUGUAUCAUUCUGUGUCCCAGUUUUGAAAUGGACUUGGUUCCAACUUCAGACAAGUUGUUCAAGGGGGAUCCAUGUUAGUCCCAGAUCUCUACCAGUCAGAUUGGAAGAUCCGGUUUGCUCCCCUUCCUUCUUUCUUCGGUGAAGCCUGGGGUGAGUGUAAAAGCCCAGCUGGCUGUGAGGGAUACAGCGGAAGAUGGCGACCAGAGGUAGCCUGAGGCAUGCACUGAUUGAUUGGCUUGACCAAUCUCUGCAUUUCUUGACGCACCUUUUCAACUUGCAGAUAUGUCCGGGCCAUGCAGCCUUUCCUCUCCAGAGGGAAUUUCCAAGGGCCCUUACGAUUGUUUUAGCAGGGGAAGACUGAGUAGGCAACUGGGAUGAAGGCAAUGGGAAGGGGGCUCCUGGCAUUUCCAGGGAUCCAGCCUGGGGGUGGGCUUUAAGCAACUCGGAAUGAGGUUGGGGACCAGUGGAUGACUGAAGAACUGAGCCAGGCUGGAGGAGAAAGUUGGUGCUGAUGAAUUCUGCCAGGCUGUUCUUAUUUUGCCUCCUUCUCGUUGCAGGAGAUUGUGGAUGGCUUUGAGGACUCCACCCACUUGCUGCGAAUUCCUGGGACUGAAGUCCGUUGCAAAUCUGGCAAUAAGGUCUUCUCGUUCCCUCUGCGAUAGAGCAGCCCGGGAUCAACAACUGCCGACUUGCGACAGGAACCAUCCAGAGGUGGUCAGAGGUGCCACUGGAUUCCCAUGAAGUCCACUAAUGGACUCAACUCCCUGUCACGGCAGCAGAGGCCACCCAGUAACAGGACAUUUCAGGGCCAAGGCCAUUCAUGCCCUCAGAGCCUCUGCCAGGCCAGCUCCUCCUUCGCUCCACUCCAGUUCUCGGCUGCUGGAGAAACCAAGUAGGGGAGCCAGUGGGAUGUUUCUCCAAGCUGCAGGACUUUGUCUUGUAGACGGCUGAUCUAGGGGCGAGAGGCCCUCCGGUGGGAUGCCUUGGGCAGGGUGUCUGGUCCUUCUGAGAGAGAAAUUUAAAAAAGGAGAGCCAAUUCUCUUCAUGGUCAGUUUCAGACGCUUUGCUGAAAGGGUUUGUCAAAGCUUCCUGGAUAAGUGACUGCUCUGAACCCGCUUUGAUUGUUCUGUUGGAAUUGGGCA